AUUUUUUCACUGGCCUUCUAUCUUCUAUAUAAUUUUUUGAACCUACCUUUCCGAGGUUGUGACAUCUACCGUAUAUUGAAUAAACUACAUUUGACAGUGAUAGUACUAUACAAAUUGACAGUGACGGUUCUGUUCGAUUGUUGCAUCCUAACCUCAAUUUUCAAAAUAUGGCAGGCGAGGAGAUAUCGAAAGCUUUGAAGGAUCUUCAUUACAAGGUGCAAACCGCUAGUUUGAAGCAACGUCGGUCUGUUUUAGAGAACGUCAUACGUGUUUUAGGCAACCCCGGUAUAAAUGAAGGAAUAAUCAAAGGAAUAUGCAAAGUACUGGUUUUGACCAUUCCCAGGUACCAAGACACCUGUUCACAACAGUAUGUCAAAGAUCUGAUUGUAGCACUUGUAGAAAAACACACAGAAGUAUCAGUAAAAUGUUUAAUUUCUGUGUUGUUAGAUUUUGCAAGGCAAUACAAAACUAUGGUUGUGACGCAUACCACAAGCAAGACUGCCCUGUUUGCCAUACAAUGGUCAACCUUAGUAUUUACAAAAGGCUGGAAACACAAUCAAGAAGUUGUAGAAUCAGAAAUGGCACAGCUUAUAGAAUUACAAGCAUACCUUCUCACUGUAAUAUCUGAUGAUGGCAAUAAUAAGAGAUGUAGUAAAGCUUAUAACUUGGUAAGAUUGAGUUGAAUUGCUGUAAUUUUAUAAAAUGUUUGAAUCAAAUUUUAGCUAAGUGCUGCAUGGGCAAGUGUACCAGAGAGUGAGAAGUUGUAUUUAGAGACAUUAAAAAUAUUAGAGCAGUCACAUUACGUGUCUGUUCUUGCUUCCACAGUUGCCAAAAGAUUGUCUAGCAUGAAUUCUCCUCUUUUAAAAAAUUACAUUGAUCAACUGAUGGACACGUUCAUAAAAUCACUGGUUAGCUGCAAAACUAGACCAUCACCGAAUGUUAUCAUAUCGUGCUAUCCUCUGCUUUCCCAAGUAGAUGACGACAGAUUCAAGAAGGCAGUGUUGCCAGCUCUACAAAAGGCGAUGUUGCGAAAUCCCGAGAUUAUUUUGGAAUGUGUGGGACUUGUCAUUAGUGGAAUCGAGAUUGAUUUAAGCAAGUAUGCUAUGGAACUGGGCAAUAGUUUGAUUGCAAAUCUUCACUCCAAUGAUGACAAAGCCAGAAUCGAAGCAUCUGAUGCUUGUAAAAGGUUAGCAGGAAAAAUAAAAGAUUACAAAGCCUUGGAAGAACUUUUGAAAAAGACGUUUGCUGUAUUCCACGGGUCUGACGGUAAAUUGACUGUUGUCGAUCACAAGAUGAGUGUUUUGCAAGGUGCUGCAAAUUUUUCAUACAACUCUGUAGAAGGAGAAGACUCUCAAAAAUUACUAAUAACUGCCUCACAACACUUCGUUAAAGUGUUAGAAGUAGAAGUUCAUGAGAAAACUUUAUGCCACGCACUUGAUAUGAUGGCAAUAUGGACUUGUAAGUUUUUGGGCGACAUCCCAAAGAACGUUGUUGAGGCAUUCAAGAAUGGCUUGAACAUGAAAACCGCAACACCACUAGUAAAGAUCUCGUACAUACAAUGCAUGUUGGCUACUUUCAACUCGAAAACCAUAACCUUGGUAUCGCCACUUGUCCCCGUGCUAUUAAAAUCUGUAGAAAAGGCAGCGUCUCAACCUGCUGUAGCUCUAUCUGUUAACGAAGGACUCUGUGCAGCAGUGUUGCUGUUAAGAUUGGCCCAUGCUCAGCAAGAAAAGGAUAAUGCGUUGCAUAACAUGUGGAAUAUUGUGUUGGAUAUGAACAAGCAGAUUUUUGUCUCGGAUAAAUUCCUCACGACUUGUUCGGAAGGCAGUUUGCUAUACGUGAUGCAACUAUGCGAGAUCCUGCUGGUUCAGAUACCCGAAAAAGUGAAAAGACCCGAGCCCUUGCACAAGGCAGUGCUUCACUGCUGCACCAUAAACUCGUCCGAAAACAGGAAAAAAUGCCUCACUGUCCUAAAACGGAUAGUAUCCAGUUUAAGUGGAGCUUCAAUAGCCCGAGCCUUAUUUAAGGAGAUGCCUGUGCACUUGGAUACUCACAAAGUAAUUGUGAAGAGUGAGAAAGAUGGGGAGAAUAAGGAAAACGAUGGAGGGAGUGGGCAGCCCUCCACGCGUUCUGUUGUUGAGUGUAUAAGAACUUUGUGUUCGUCAACAGGGCUUACGCCUGAGGACGUUCAACUAUUAGCAAUGGAUGCGCUUCUGCCUUGUCAUCACCCUGCAGUAAUUGCCCUAGAACCAACCAUGUGGAUCAAAAUAGUCAGACACCUAGGUUGCAAACCCAAGGAGCUGGUUGCAAAGAGGGCCACGCAGUUUAGACAAAUGCUCGUAGAAAACUACAAAUACACAUUGGCUAACGAAAAUGGUUUAGCAACUCUAGUCUCUAUAAAUCCAGAUAUCUUACUGCCAGAAAUAAUAACUAAAGUAGUAGAAAGUCUAGAAGACCCUAGGAUCUGUCAAAUUUCCAGGGACGACUAUUUCAUAUAUUUAACACCGGAGGGCGAAUUAUAUGACAAAAGUGUCAUACCAGGAGAUGAAAGUAAUAUUGAUAAAAACAUGAAAAGAGAAAGCAAAGCAUACAGCUAUAAAGAACAAUUAGAGGAACUACAAUUGAGGAGAGAAUUGGAGGAGAAAAAGAAGAAGGAGGGUAAAAUUAAGCCACCUCAAUACACCCCUAAACAGUUAGAGGCCAUGAAGAAUCAGAGGAUCAAAGAAGAUGGGAUCAGAAAACGUCUUAUAGAGCUCAACGUUCAAAUCCAAGACAGCAUAUCCAUGAUCAGAGCAACAGCCAAAGGUAAUCCAGUAGCUCUAUCUCUCCAUUAUAAAGAUAUCCUGUUGAUUCUAUUGCAAGAUCUACAGAGUCCUUUAGCAGCUCCAGAUCUAAGCAAACUUAUCCUUGAUCUACGAAAAACUGUUUUCAAUGGAGAAUCAGAGAUGCUAGGAGAUUUGAUCGCUCAUGUUACUCUCAGGUUAUCCAAACCACAAUGCGAUCUGGACCUAAAUUGGGAAUCGGAAAACCUGAACAAGGCUAUGGUCAGAGUAAUAUCUCUGAUCCACCAGAAGACUAUGCCCAAAAAGACGGAAGACGAUCAAGAACAGCAAAAGUGUUCCUUCACAGUUCCAGCGUUCAGUUACAUGUUUCCUUUACUGAAAUACAGUCUGACUUCAAACUAUGCCAAAAACCAUGAUGAACUUAUCCACGAUGGACUUCAUAUCAUCAGCGAGCAUGCCAAAUUGAGGGGGAGCGACGAGAAUGGGAUAAAGGACCUGUAUCAUCCAAAAUAUCUGCCGACCAAGCAGAUCUUCAGCCUUCUGGUGGACAUUCUUAAUGCUACAACCGGCAGAGUACAAUCCCAAUGCGAGGCCUGCCUCCUGGAGGUAGCUUCUUGCGUCUCCGGGCAACCAGGUUGUGCCACAGCUGACCGAGAGGUCAUCGACGUCCUUCUAACGGCCCUCCAAAGCCCUUCAGCUGUAGUAAGGGACUCAGCCUUGAGAGGGCUUACGAUAGACAUUGCCGCGUUGCCGAACUUUGAGACGGAUUACGAUUAUGCUCUGAAGGUGUACAAGAGGGUCUGGAUUGCUAGAUUUGAUGAGAAUGAGGAGAAUAGAGAAUUGGCGAAUCAGUUGUGGGAACAAGCUAAAAUGGAGUUCCCUGCUAGUCUUAGUAAUAAGUUGAUUAGCGAUAUAGAACACCCUGUAGAAAGCGUACAAACGGCAGCUGCUAAGGCACUUGCAUCUCUUUUGGAAACUGAUAACGCUCAAGUAGAGAGCACUCUCAAGCAUUUGAUACAGUUGUAUAGGGACAGACUCAAGUUAAUCCCAGCGAAACUGGACGAAUUCGGCCGAGAAGUGGAAAAGGCAGUUGAUACUUGGUUUCCGAGAAGAGGUGUAGCCUUGGCUUUAGCUGAACUAGCCCCACUUAUAACUCCCGAUCUGAUAGGUGAUUUAGUGCAGUUCUUUGUUUUUACUUCACUGGGAGACAGAAACGAAACUGUUAGAAAGGAAAUACUGAACGCCGCACUCAAAGUUGUUGAUUUACAUGGAAAGGAAACUGUUGGAACACUAUGGCCUGUUUUUGACGAUUUCAUGGGAAAGUCUUCGAAAUCAGCCCAUUUCGACGCUAUCAAACAAGCAGUAGUAGUGCUCAUGGGCUCCCUAGCAAGACAUUUAGAAAAGGAUGACCCUAGAAUUAAACCAAUCGUCAUGAGGUUGAUACAAGCUUUGUCCACACCUUCACAAACUGUUCAAGAAGCUGUCGCGAACUGCCUUCCUCCUUUAGUACCUGCUGUCAAAGAAGAUGCUCCUGGUUUGGUCAAUAAAUUACUUCAUCAGCUGUUGAAAGGAGACAAAUACGGAGAAAGAAAAGGAGCGGCCUACGGUCUCGCGGGAUUAGUAAAAGGCAUGGGUAUCCUAGCUCUGAAACAACACGAUAUAAUGACCAAACUAACCGAGGCAAUCCAAGACAAAAAGAAUUACAAGCACCGCGAAGGUGCCCUCUUUGCCUUUGAGAUGCUCUUCCAAAUGUUAGGCAAGCUUUUCGAGCCCUACAUUGUCCACGUACUGCCUCACCUCUUGCAAUGCUUUGGGGAUACCAGUCAAUAUGUAAGAACAGCAGCGGAUGAUACUGCUAAGGUGGUUAUGAGCAAAUUAUCAGGGCACGGAGUUAAGUUGGUAUUACCGUCGCUUUUGGAUGCUUUGGAGGAAGAUUCGUGGAGGACAAAGACAGGUUCGGUUGAGUUGUUGGGAGCCAUGGCCUACUGUGCCCCAAAACAAUUAUCUUCAUGUCUUCCCAGCAUAGUACCAAAGCUGAUCGAAGUACUCAGCGAUUCACACAUGAAAGUACAAGAAGCUGGAGCAGCUGCUUUGAAAGUUAUCGGAUCUGUGAUCAGAAAUCCUGAGAUUCAAGCCAUUGUUCCUGUGUUACUGAAAGCUCUUCAGGAUCCCUCUAACAAGACUUCAGUAUGUCUGCAAACUUUGCUAGACACUCAAUUUGUGCAUUUCAUAGAUGCACCUUCAUUGGCUCUCAUCAUGCCUGUUGUGCAAAGGGCUUUCAUGGACAGGUCGACAGAGACACGUAAAAUGGCAGCCCAAAUCAUCGGGAACAUGUAUUCUCUAACGGAUCAAAAAGAUCUUCAACCGUAUCUUCCAACGAUCAUACCCGGUUUGAAACAGAGCUUGUUAGAUCCAGUACCAGAAGUCAGAUCCGUCAGCGCUAGAGCUUUGGGAGCUAUGGUUAGAGGUAUGGGCGAAUCAAGCUUCGAGGAUUUGUUGCCAUGGUUGAUGACAACUUUGACUUCCGAAACUAGUUCGGUCGAUAGGUCAGGAGCAGCCCAAGGUUUAUCUGAAGUUGUUGGAGGAUUGGGAGUUGAGAAACUUCAUAAACUCAUGCCUGAAAUAAUCAGUACAGCUGAAAGGACUGAUAUAGCGCCACAUGUGAAAGACGGUUACAUUAUGAUGUUCAUUUACAUGCCGGUGGUCUUCCAAACUGAAUUUACCCCAUACAUUGGUCAAAUCAUCAAUCCAAUUUUGAAAGCUCUGGCAGACGAAAACGAGUACGUUAGAGAUACUGCUCUUAAGGCUGGUCAAAGAAUAGUUACCUUGUAUGCAGAUUCUGCUAUUCUUCUGCUUCUACCAGAGUUGGAGAAGGGACUGUUUGAUGAUAAUUGGAGGAUCAGAUACAGCUCAGUUCAACUACUUGGUGACCUGCUAUAUCGUAUAUCAGGUGUAACUGGAAAGAUGAGCACAGAAACUGCUAGUGAAGACGACAAUUUCGGCACAGAACAAUCCCAUAUGGCUAUUAUCAGGUCAUUGGGCGCAGAGAGACGUAACAGAGUGCUGGCAGGACUUUAUAUGGGCAGAUCUGAUGUCGCAUUGAUGGUGCGGCAAGCAGCCUUACACGUAUGGAAAGUAGUAGUAACAAACACCCCAAGAACUUUGAGAGAAAUUCUGCCAACUCUAUUCGGUCUGUUGCUGGGAUGUUUGGCCAGUGACAGUUACGACAAGCGACAAGUGGCAGCUAGGACCCUAGGAGACCUGGUGAGGAAACUAGGGGAAAGGGUGCUGCCGGAGAUCAUCCCUAUUUUGGAGAGGGGAUUGCAAAGCGAUCAGCCGGAUCAGAGACAGGGGGUGUGCAUUGGGCUUUCUGAAAUAAUGGCAUCAACAUCCAAAGAUAUGGUGCUCACAUUCGUUAACUCGUUAGUUCCUACAGUCAGGAAAGCUCUAUGUGAUCCUUUACCUGAGGUUAGACAAGCAGCAGCAAAAACGUUUGACAGCUUGCAUUCUACAGUUGGAUCUAGAGCUUUGGAUGACAUCCUUCCUACGCUACUGAAUCAACUGAAUAAUAACGACCCGGAACUAGUAGAAUGGACAUUAGACGGCCUUAGGCAAGUGAUGGCGAUCAAAUCGCGAGUUGUACUUCCUUACUUGGUUCCACAAUUGACAGCACCGCCUGCUAAUACGAAGGCGUUAUCGAUCUUGGCUUCCGUGGCUGGUGAAGCACUCAACAAGUACUUGCAUAGAAUUCUUCCAGCUCUGCAGACGGCAUUAGCGAGUUCUAGAGGUACCCCAGAGGAAGGAUUGCAACUGGAAUACUGUCAAGCAGUCCUCCUCUCAGUAACAGACGAGACGGGCAUCCGCACAAUAAUCGAUACCCUGUUAGAGAACACAAGAAACGAAGAUGCUGGUCAAAGGCGAGCAGCGGCGACUUUACUGUGCGGAUUUUGUGCCAAUAGCAAAGCGCAGUACACGGCGCAUGUGCCGCAGCUGCUGAGGGGACUGAUUCAUCUGUGUAUCGAUACAGACAGGGACGUGCUGCAAAUGUCCUGGGAAGCGCUCAGUGCUGUCACAAGGACAGUGGAGCCGAAGUUGCUACCGGCUUAUGUUGGGGAUGUGCGUCAAGCGGUUCGCUACGCGAUGUCCGAUAUGAAAUCCGCAAGUGGUGGGGGGACGCCUCCCGAUUUGCUGCCCGGAUUCUGUCUGCCCAAAGGUAUCGCUCCAGUAUUACCCAUUUUCAGGGAAGCCAUUCUCAAUGGUGAUGGGGAUGAGAAAGAGGCGGCUGCCCAAGGAUUGGCUGAGGUAAUAAAGGUGACCAGCGCUCAAGCACUACAACCCAGCGUAGUAGCAAUCACAGGGCCUCUGAUCAGGAUUUUGGGUGACAGAUUUGGAGCUAACGUCAAAACGGCUGUGCUUGAAGCUUUGGCAACACUGCUAGCUAAGGUGGGCAUAAUGCUGAAGCAAUUUUUGCCUCAACUGCAAACUACGUUUGUCAAGGCGCUGAAUGAUUCGAACAGAACAGUUAGACUAAAAUCUGCGGCUGCUCUAAGUCAUUUGAUCGUCAUUCAUCAGAGAGCUGACCCGUUAUUCACAGAACUCCACAAUACGAUCAAAAAUACUGAAGACAUUUCUAUCAAGGAAACGACACUACAUGCAUUGAGAGGAAUCAUCUCACCAGCGGGCGAAAAAAUGUCUGAACCUGUGAAAAAACAAAUUCACGCUACUCUAGUGACGUUACUAGGACAACCUGAGGAUACAGUUCGAAAAUGCGCAGCUGGUUGCUUAGGUGCCAUUUGUAAAUAUUUAUCACCUGAACAAUUAGAUUCAACUCUCAGCGAACACAUUUUGAAUGAUGAUAGUUCGGCAAAAGAGACAGUCAAAGAAGGCAGAGGGUGGGUCCUUUCCGUUGCCCUGAAAGAAUGCCCUGAUCGACUGUGGGACGAACAAUACAGAAACAGACUGAUCCAAACAUUGCUGAGCCAACUGAGCGCACAGUCUGUCUGUCUAACUCAAAUUGCGAUCAGAUCCUGUGGGUACCUCCUGCAGUAUUUGCUGAUCAACGAGCAACCUGUACCUAAUAAUCUAGUCGUACCUUUUGUCAGGACAAUGAAUAACAACAGUAACGAUGUGAAACAGCUCCUAGCCCGUAUCUCGUUCCACCUAUCAAAGACAGUACCUCAAGAAAAGAUGUCCGCAGAUCUACUAAAGCUCCUCAUACCCACAUUGGUGAACGGUACCAAGGAGAAGAAUGUGUAUGUCAAAGCUAACUGUGAGAUUGCGCUCAUCGGCGUGUUGAAGCUCAAAGAUGGCGAUCAAAUGUUACAGCGGUGUCUCAGUAUUCUCGACGUAGGAGCCAGAGAAUCCUUAUCAGACGUUGUCAGUAAAGUUUUGAAGAAAAUCUUGUCACAGCCCGAGGGAAAAGAAGAAGAGCUUGAUGAUACCUUACUGACUUGAUCAUCAAGCCCUCAGGAGUCAAGACAACACCGCCACCCUUCCUCUCAUGAUAUAUUCGUCGUCUUCUGUUGUGUAUUUGAGUUCCACUUUCGGCAGGUUUUUAAGCAUUUAAAUGAUGCAAACGUUCUACCAUCUUUCGUUGUUCUAUGUGAAAGUAAUAAAAUAUUGAUAUGUA